AAUUAAAAUUAAAACAUACAUGUAUGCUUCUUGUUCUUCUUUCUUACACCUUUCUCUUUUGGGGGUUUCUUCCUUUUCACAGAAUCUGAAUAUUACUCUCUUUUUCAUCUGUCUAAAUCCCCCUUUCUCUUAUUAUAUCUGAUAGAUACCUACGUAUCUAAAAAACAUCACUCUCUCUGUCUUUCCCAAUUUGACGAUAAAUUUAGGAGAGAGUAGCUUUGAGAAUGGAGAAAAUUGAAGAGUCUGGUAGCCCAGGUUGGGGUGCAUCGUUUUUUCAAACAACGGAAGAUGUUGCAAGAGCUGUUACUGCUGCUGCAGCUGCUGUUCGGUCACCACGACCUUCCGUGGUAUAUUCAUCUAAAGAUGAUAGUGGUAGCCAGCUUCAGAAACUUCAGCGUCAAGUAUCUAGAUUAAUGAAAGGCUUAUCCAGUCCCCCUCAAGUUAAAAGUGGGGCCUAUAACCCGGAAAUACUGACUAGCCAAAAGCGUCAGUGGGCUAGGUUUCAGUUGCAAUCCCUGGAUCAUAGAGUUUGGAAAGAGCCGUCAAGGCUUUUUGAGAGCAUGGUAGUUGUUGGACUCCAUCCUAACUGUGAUAUUCAAGCACUUCAAAGGCUUUAUUUUUCAAGAAAGCUAGACGCCCCAGGGAGAUUUAGAAGCGCACUCGGUGGUCAAAGUCAAUCACGUGUGGAACCUAACCUUGAGCCUCAGGUCUUGUUUGUUUACCCUCCAGAGAAGCAACUCCCACUAAAAUACAAGGAUCUUCUCUCAUUCUGCUUUCCCGCUGGAGUAGAGGUUCAUGCUGUUGAGAGAACUCCAUCAAUGAGUGAGUUAAAUGAAAUACUUCUGGGUCAGGAACACCUUAAACAAAGUGAUCUAUCUUUUGUGUUCCGGCUUCAGGUUGCUGAUAGUUCAACUCUGUACGGUUGCUGUGUUCUAGUUGAGGAAAUGGUCCAUAAACCCUCUGGAUUGCUUUCCAUGAUUUCAGAUGGACAACAUACCCACUUGGGUAUUAGCCGCCAAAUUUUAACGACACGCCGCUGUUAUUGCAUUCUUUCCAGACUUCCAUUUUUCGAUCUUCACUUUGGUGUAUUAAAUAGCAUUUUCACUGAAGAAAGAUUGGAGCGGUUAACAAAACAAGUUGGUGAUCUUGAUUUUGAUUCCCUUAUGAUUGAUGAUAAGCAAGAAAAUCUGGAAGAAAAUCCUUCCAGCAGAUCAUUGGAAGAAAGAGAUCAGUACAUCCUGAAUGGCUCUGUAGAAAGCUCCCAACCAAUCACGACUGAUUCUGUGAUUAGUGGAACUGUUGAUGACAUGUCUCAGCUGGAGUAUAGAGUUGUAGAAGGGUACGUACACCCAAAGAAAGAUGGAAGUGAUAACAAGGCGCAUAUGGUUGAUACUGACAUAGAUUGUGCUAAUAAAGAAGUUAUACUUGAAAGGCAAGUCCCUGAAGCUUCUGAUAAUUCCACUGAUGAUAACAAACAAUUGGUAGAAAAGGGUGUACCGCAUGCUGUUUUGCCACUUUUAAGAUAUCAUCAGUGCGAAAGUUCUGAAUCUUCGUCUAGCUUCCAGGGCUCUCCUAGUGAAGAUAGACAUUUUAGAAGUGAUUUUGAUGAGACCGAAACGGAGGAAGCAUCCUUUUCUGGUCAAGAUGAUUCAAGUCAGCAUAGUGAUAUAGUAGAAUGGGCAAAGGCCAACAAUAAUGGAUCUUUGCAAAUAAUAUGUGAAUAUUACCAGCUAAAAUGUCCUGCAAGGGGCUCAACAAUUAAGUUCCAUCCUCUGGAUCACCUUCAUCCUUUAGAAUACCAUAGACCUGACGAAGCACUUUUGCACGUUGCUGGAUCGACAAUUGACUUAAAAUCAUGCAAUACAAGUUUGGAGUUAGCUGAGGCUCACAAUGCACUCAUGGUGGAAGAGGAAGCAACUGCUCUGUCAGUCUGGGCUAUUGCAUGCUUAUGUGGCUCAUUGCGGCUUGAACACGUUCUGACACUGUUUGCGGGAGCUUUACUGGAGAAGCAAAUUGUUGUGGUUUGUUCAAAUUUGGGAAUAUUGUCUGCUUGCGUUCUGUCCAUUAUCCCUUUGAUUCGUCCUUAUCAGUGGCAAAGCUUGAUAAUGCCGGUUUUGCCAAAUGACAUGCUGGAUUUUCUUGAUGCACCCGUUCCCUAUAUAAUCGGUGUGAAGAACAAAACCUCUGAGGUUCAGUCAAAGUUAACAAAUAUCGUCCUUGUAGAUGCUAACAAGAACCAGGUGAAGUCAGCAACUAUACCACAACUUCCGCAGCAAAAGGAGUUAUACUCUUGCUUAAGUCCUUACCAUGCAAAACUGGUGGGAGAAAGUUAUCUGGCAAGGAAAAGGCCAGUUUAUGAGUGCACAGAUGUUCAGGUUGAAGCUGCAAAGUGUUUCCUAGCAGUGUUGCGAACUUACCUGGAUUCUCUGUGCUCAAACCUUCGUUCACAUACAAUUACUAAUGUCCAAUCAAAUGAUGAUAAGGUAUCUCUACUAUUGAAGGAGAGCUUUAUUGAGUCUUUCCCAAGUCGAGAUCGGCCCUUUAUGAAGCUUUUCGUGGACACACAGAUGUUUUCUGUACAUACAGAUUUUGUACUCUCUUUCUUCCAGAAGGAAUAGAGCCGAGCCACCAUGUGAAGAUCCAAUUCGUGAUGUGAUAGUGGAACGCAAGUUCCUGUAUCUGUAGCUUGUAGUUUAUCGCUCAAAGUCUAAUAUAGGGGUAAGUUGUGUAUCAUAGAAUAUCGAUCAUUUAAUCACUUGUACUGAUAUCUAACAUCAGUCUCGUGUUUUUUUUCUCGAUUUUCAACUCAGGCAUGCCAAGCAGCCUAUGCAAUAGAGAACAUAAAAGGAUGUAGGAUAGAUUUGUACAGCGAGUGGAGUUCUAGCAAAAGCUAAUUUAUCUAUACUGAACUCAAUUCCCUUCAUCCUUGUUUAAUGCGUGGUAACUUAUAGUGAAAACACAACUGUUAGUACUUUCUUUAAUUUCUGGAGAUGCUUACUAUUUGAAAUAUCAGAAGGUUCUGAGUAUGCGAUUUCUUGAAUUGAUUCGUCA